GGAUUGCACUCGCACUCGUCAGUCGACGAUCGGCAGUAAUACGGGUCGGUGUGCGAGUGUUGGCUAGAGUUUCUGGCCCGCGGCUGAGACUUUGCAACCGGAUCACCCGCAAACAGGCAUCUUCGGUUGAUGCAAGAGCCGUCGUCCGUCGUGUCACAUUGCCAGUUGCCAUCAACGUGCUCUGCGCGAGUGCGUGUGUUUCGGAUCGUAUUUAUACGUCGUGGUGCAUGCAUGUGCGGCACGAGCAGCAGGUAAUGAAAGCAAGCAAGCAGGCGGCGAGAGGCCAGACGAGAUCGAGACACGCACCUGCACCCAAAUCCGUGGAUUAAUUAAUGUUGCACCCGCGCACCCACACUGCGAACUUCAUUCAGAAAUCCGCAGCAGUUUAAUUUUAAGUGAUACCGCUUAUAGCUGAGAGUGCGACUGAUAAGAAAAUUAAUUGGACUGAUAAUUGUGUGAGAGACGGACAGAAUACAAUAUACAAAAAAUUUGAAAAUGAGAAUUGCCGCCCAAGUUUUUGUGCUGUUCGCCCUGUCGGCUGUUUUUUCGGCAGCGAGGGCUUCCAGCGUGAGCAAAAAACAGCAGGAGCACCGGAGGUAUGCAGCCUCGUCUUGUUCGGCUGUGAAACCGCUUUUCACGGCCAAGAGCGUCUCCGACCCACCUGACCACUCAAUCGAGGAGCCGGUCCUGUCUCGGCUGUGUCCCAAGGUGAACGGCAGCAGCACCUGCUGCACCUCGCGCAUGGAGCACCAGCUGAAGGCGCUGGCCAAGAAGGAGCUGCAGCAGGCGCUCAAGAAAAAGUCGAACGCCAUCCAAGCGGUUCUCACCUACACCAGCCACCAGUACCUAGACAAAAUAAUCUUGCUUAGUCGGCGGUCGGAAAACCACACGUUGGAGGCGUUCUCGCAAGGGUUCCAGCGGCUGGCUCCGGAGUCCCGUGCGCAUAUCCAACAGCUGUUCGCCGAGGUGCGCCGCGUGCUGGCUAAUCCAGGCCCGACCUCGUUCCUCAACGACUCGUCCGCCGAUCUGGAGGAGGCGUCGCUGCACGACACCAUCACCAACUUCUUCCAUCAGCUCUUCCCGCUCGUCUACCGCCACUCUGUAAUUCACACCAACGUCGACAUCACCAACGAGUACUCCAUCUGCCUCCAGAACUCGAUUGAGAAACUGAGACCUUUUGGCGAAAUCCCGAAGUCAAUGGGCUUCUCAGUGGCGCGAGCCGUGCGCUCGAUCCACGACUUCCUACGCGCUUUGAACCUGGGCACCGAGGCCCUGGAGGUGGCCGAGUCUGCCUGGGAGAAGACGGACGAGUGCUCGACGGCCCUGCUGCGCAUGAACUUCUGCUCGUGGUGCUUGGGCUACACGGAGACAAAGCCUUGCGCCGGCUACUGCCACAACGUGCUCAGGGGCUGCCUGGCGCCCCUCACCGAGCUGGACGCCUCGUGGAACGGCUACGUCGACAGCCUGGACGAGCACGCCGCCUCGUCGUACGCGCCCAACAGCCUUGUCAAGGCCGAGAAGGCCAUCGUCGCGCUUGAGACACAGAUCGCUGACGCCGUCAUGCAAGCCAUGGUUGACGGACCCUCGCUAGAGAAGAGGGUGAAAUCGGCGUGCGGCCCGGUGCAGCUGCAGGAGUCUGGCGGCAAGCACCACCAGCAUAAACCGCCGCACUCGCCCGCCCCGUCCAUUGCGUCUGCCAAGAAGGACACCAAGUACGAGCUGGAGACACAGCUGUCCAACCUGGCCAGACAGGUGCUGGGCAGCCUGAUCCACUCCAAGGGCUUCUUCUCCGCACUCUCCGACUCGAUCUGCGCUCAGGAUAACUUUGCUGAGACGGAGGCGGAAGCCGACUGCUGGAACGGAAUCAAAAUUGCACCGUACACGAAGACGGUGGUGAGCGUCGGCCUCGGCGCCCAGAAAUACAACCCCGAGCUGCCGUGGAACGGCAAGCCGACCGAUUUGCGAAUAAUUCAGAUGAGCGACCGCCUGCGGCAAGUGCGACGUGCUCUGCUAGGACAGAUGAGCGCGCUGCCAGAAGCGGACAAUCAAAUGCUGGAGGACGGAUCCGGCUCGGGUGGCAUCGAACCGCGGCCAGGCGGCGGCGGCCCCGACGACGAGGACAACUGGAACGGCGGCUCCGGAUCUGGGGAAGGCACCGACAGAGACGCCCAAGAGCACCCCCGUAUGAGAACACCAAAUUCGAAGCAGCACAGCCCCAGCCAGAGCGGAGGAGGAGGAGGAGGAGGCGCGGCUACCACCACGGGAGGCAGCGCACUCGUCAGCGCCGCGUCCUGGGCAAUUAGCUUAUCGCUGGCGACGCUGCUCGUGCUGGCCCAGCACUGAGUAUUCAAAAUUACUAUAAAUGCACAUACAAACAACAACAACACACUGUCGCAGGCGAAAAAUACCAAUUAUUAUAAUAUGAGAAAUGUUAGAAAAUCAAGAUCCGUCUCAUUUAACAAAUUUAAUGAUGUAUGUAUCGAGGAAGCGAGGAAGAAAGAAGAAUCUUUGACUAAAAUCCUAUCCCUCCAGCAUAGCUCUGUUUAGAGAUAAAAAGAGAAAGAGAGAGAUGAAUAUGACACACACGCAUAUGUACACACAUAAACACACUCACACGCUAUAAACAAUUUGGAGUGCAAACAAGGUUUUCUUGAUGUACGCCUUGAAGGACACGGCGGGGACGGAAAUUACAAAAAAAUGAACAAGGAAAUAGCCCUACGGGUUUUCGGUGAAAUUAUUGAAUUCGUGUGAGUUGAACACUUGAGGAAAGAUUUUAGUUACUGACGGGAUUUUAGAUGAAUUACCAAAAAACUCAAAAUUGAUUUAGAAGUUCAGUUUUUCUCUAUAUCGAAGAUAUUUGGUUAAAUGAGACAAAAAAUAAUCAUGGGUCAUUUUUGACAUUCCGAAAAAACUUUAAAUUUCCAUUCAUUGUUUGCUUUAGGCUUCGAUUUUUUUUUAAAUUAAAACCAUAGAGAAAAAUUACAGUGUAUUCUGAAAAUAUGUUGAAAUUUACUGACCCAAAAAUAAUUUUUUUUUUAGUUUGUUGAAAAUCUGAAAUUUGACUAAAUUAAUAUUAAUGACUUUUGUCAAUUUAUAAACUGGAGCUACAUGGAGCAGUUUUAGUUUCAAACGUAAUUUAUUGUAAAAUGAGAUACUUGAAUUUUCCCAGCCAAAGUCAAAUCGAUUGGUGGGUGAUUUUUGACACUCAGAACAAAACUCAAGGUUUCCCCUUAAUGUUUGUCCUUGACUUUUUAAUUUUUUUAAUUAACUGUAGAGCAUAAAACUUAUUAUAUUCUGAAAGCUGAUAAUUUGUUUCUAUUUUGUACAAAUAUUCCAAAUUUUUGCUUGCACAUUUUUUUUACAUUUUGAAAGAAAAAAUUGAAAAUAUGAAAAUUAGAUAUUUUUUAGACCUAGUUUUUCCAAAGACUAAACAAGAUCAGUUUCAGUUUGAAAACAUUAUCAUUAAUCAUGUUAGAGUAAAUAUCGUAACUGGCUUUAAAAUUUGAUUUGGAAUCUAAUGAUUCUAAUGAUUUGGAAUUAAUUCCAAAAUUAAAACCAAUAAGAAAUUCUUUCAAGGCCCUUUGAAACACACGAUUCACGUCAUAUUUUUUUUUUAAAUUGUUCGACUUAAAUAAACCAAAAUAUUUGUUACAGAUUUGCAACAAUUUAAUCAAGUGUCACCACAAAAUAGCGUCAAUGUGCAAUUCAGGAGUUCUUUACGAUGCAAAUUGAGCUGAAUCGAAAAUUUUGUUAACAUGUACAUACUAUAAAACACGUUAUCAACAAUUUCACCAAAAACCUGAACAUAGCAUUGCUAAAUUUAAACCACAAGGUUACUUGCUGAUUUUAAUCUAAUCGAAUGACGUAACAAAAACUGUCCUUGUGGCCUGGUCGUGUCCUUUAAUUCGCGGUUAAUUUGACUAAUGUUAUGACUGCUCCAUCUAAGUCAUUCAAUCCUUUUGGGUUACUUCUGUUUCGAAAAUUGUAAUCCGUUAGUUCAGCGGGCGAUCGAUUUUUUUGUGUUUCUUAUUAGUGUUGUUUUUGUGCUUUCCUGGAGCUGUUCUAAUUUCGCACACACGGACCCAUGUCUGCUCUCGCUCGCACUGUGUAUUCUAGUUUUGCAUCAGACUUGCUUGUGUUCAUUUAUGCUAUUGGCGAAGGGAAUUUUUGUUUUCGAUUGUGAUCGAUCGUUUAAUUUUUAUUAGUUUCAAUUGGCUGUGCUAUACGAUCAGUAUUUUACGAAAAAAUUUGUAGGCCAAAAACCUGAUCCCAAAAAAUCGAAAGUGUUUCUUUGGAAAUUCCUGCGUUAGCUUAGGUUUCGUAAUUUAGAGAAAAUAAUAAUUAAUCCUCGUCCUCCUUGUCGUGCUGCAAAAAUUUUGUAAGGACAUGGGUCGCCAAAGUUUCAUUUCAAAAUUAGCUGCAGCUCCGCAGUUACAAGUAGAAAAUGGCUUGAAAUUUAUUUUUGCAUUUGACUCUCUUAGGAUCGUAGAUGAUAUUUUGUUAACGGUUUGAUCGCAAAUAGUUUGUUAAGUUAAUGAUGGUGAAAAUCGCUGUUUCAUACACGAAAAUCUGUGAUAAAGUUAGUGAAUGUGGGGAAGCCGUUGAAUUAUGAGAAAUUCCUGCGUUGUCGCGGAGAAUCAAGAGUAGAGGUUCUAGUGUUUUUGAGUAUGAAUUCAAAAGAGAGAAAACAAACAAACAGCACCUUGAUUGGUUAUUCGUUGCAUUCAAAUUUUACGAAAAAGAUGACGCUGUGCCAUAAAUUAAAAGAACGGUUUAAGUAUAUAUAAUAACAAUAAAACGUGUUAGCUGCUAAGGUUUGAAAAUCUAAAAUAAAAAUGCUUCCUAUGUUAAUUGACAAACACACACAAACACACGACACACACACUGACGAGAGGAAAAAAUGCUUAUUAUAAACUGAUAUUGGCUAAUUAUAUAUUGUAUAUGGAGAAUAUUGUAACAGAAAGUACGAUCUAUAUUGCCAUGAUAAACAACUACAAAAAUACUGCCUGUAACCACUCUCAUUUAAUUAUUAGGUAAUUAAUUGCUGUCUCUCCAUUACCCACACUUUAAUUUUUAAGUUUAGUUAACCUUUUUCCGCGGAGAAUUCUUAUGUGUGCGCGAGUUCGGAAAGCAAUAAUAAUUAUUGAGAAUUACGUCGAUGUUCACAUUUACACACACGCACGCACGUGACUAAUUUUAUGUCUCCGCGCGUCACACUCGGACGAAUGGACGUAGUAUCAUUAAUGCUGCUCUUUGUUUUAACACACCUACCGUGAAUAUGGAAUAUCAUUUCUCCGAAUGAUCAUUAUCGCAAUAAAAUGUAAUGCAAAAUUAAAAAUA